UUAUAGGAUUAUAUAUAUCCGUUCAAAUGAAUCACAAUCACCGAAUAAUCAUCAUCAUCCGCAACAACGUAUUUAUUUGGAAAACAAUUUUCGAUGCAUUUAUUGAAUUGACAAUGAAAAUGACGAAUGAUGAUGAUCAAAUAUAAAAAGAAGAUUCAAAUUUGUAUAUGAUUCUAAUGUGUAAAUUAUAUAACACAAUCAAGAUAAUUCAGAUACACAGACGCAGAACGAUUCAGAGUCCUCGUGGAAACUUUAUUUUGUGCCAUAAUUUUUUAAAACACAGAGAAACGUACGUUUUCGAAUAUACGAACAAUAAAAGAAAAAAAAAUAGUGCGGUUACAAUUCAAAUGAAAACAAAACAACAAGUGGCCAAUCGAUAAUUCAACAUAUAAUAGCAACAACAGAUGCAAACGAAAAAAGAAGAAGAAGAAGAAGACCAACCAAUAUACAUGGUGAAAUCACCUCAGCGGCGGUCCAUUAUAUCAAUUUAAUUGAAGAAAUUUUUUUUUUAAAAAUCAAAACAAUUAUAAACGAAAAAUGUAUACAAUAGGACGUGAUAAUAUUGAUGUUUAUGAUUUUAAAUCUGAAGAAAAUCUACGAAAAUGGCGUGGAUUUUUCAUUCCAACUUUAUUACAGAUUCAAAAAAUCACACAUCCAACGUUGAUUGUUAAAACAGAUGGUUUGCAAUAUGUAGAAUCAUUAUUAUUGAAAUUAUUAGGAGCAAUAAUGGCUACAAAUAGUACGGCAGGCGCUGGUAGUGCAUCAUUGAUGACAUUACAUACAAUCAGUGAUUUUGAAGAUCGUAUUCGACGUCUAAUACCGGAUCCAUUGAAAACAAAUUCAUUGAAAAAAGCAAAAGAAAUUCUUUCUGCAUUGCGUAAUAGUAAAAGAAGCAAAGCGAAUAUCAUAUUUCAUGGCAAUGUGGAUCGUUCACCAUUGAAAACACCUGUGGAUAAAUUUCAUCAUAUGCUACAAAAAGAUGUUCUUGGUCAUAAAACCGAUAUCCAGGUUUCACAAUAUUUAUUGGCUGUAUUGGAAUUUAUUGCUACCGAUAUACUACAAUUGGCCGGACAUUAUGUACGUAAUAUGAUUCAUACGGAAAUCACUAGCCAAGACAUUCAUGCUACGAUGUGUGCCGAUAAAGUUUUAAUGGAAAUUUUCUAUAAAGACGAAGAAGAAGAAGAUGAUGAUGGACCACCAUUAUCGGCCAAUUGUUAUUAUAGUCAAUCAUUUUUUGAUGCAGAUUUUGGUGAUAAUGGUGGCGGUGAAUAUGGUAAUGUUGGCGGCAAUCAUCAUCACCAUCAUCAUCAUACCACAAUCACAUAUUCAGAAGCGGUACAUGAAUUCAUACAAGAAGAAAGACAAUUUAUACGUGAAUUAUCAUUGAUAAUAAAAGUUUUUCGUGAUCCAAUGACCACCGUUCUUUCCGAUGAUGAUCUCCAGCGAAUAUUUGUCAAUAUUGAUGAUAUUUAUGAAUUUGCUAUCAAAUUUUUAAGUCUCCUAGAAGAUGCUGUUGAAGUGGCCGAUGAAGAUGAUUGUCCAGCAAUUGGUUCAUGUUUUAUUGAAAUUGCCGAAGAUGAAGAGAUGGAUGUCUUUCAUAAAUAUGCUCAAAAUGUUAUGAAUUUUUCAUUUCGCGACCAUUUAUACACUGUUCUUUCACAACAUUCCCUUCAAAGCCGUAUAAGUGAAAUAUUCUCAUCAAGAUAUAAUGCAGCAGCCAAUGGAAUGAUGGCUGCUAUAAAAUAUGUUUUACCACGGCUACUACUAUUGCCUGUAUAUCAUUGUUUUUCGUAUUUCAAAGCAAUCGAAAAAUUAAGAGAAUUAACACCAUUGGUUAGUGAUCGUGAAAAUUAUGAACAAGCCGAUUCUUCAUUACAAUCAUUGAGAAAUGUGUUGGAAAAAGAAAAAAAAUUAAAUAAAUUUGGUGAUGGUUAUUUUCUACGAUUAUAUGGCCGUACACAUAGGGCAACAGCAUUGGCAAAAAUGAAAGAAAUUCAAUCAUCAAUCGAUAAUUGGAAUGGAAAAGAUAUUUGGCAAUCAUGUAAUGAAUUCAUACGUGAAGGUCUACUGUAUAAAGUAUCCAAUCCGGGUAAAUCAAUUGGACAAUUUUCAAAAUCUGAACGUCGAGCUUUUCUAUUUGAUAGUCUAUUGGUACUAUGUAAACAUUACACUAAACGUAUGGUGCCAGGUCGUGGUGAUAAUUCACAUCUGGAAUGUCGAUUUAAAGAACGUUUUUACAUACGAAACAUUGAAAUAAUUGAACGUGAUGAACUAUAUGUACCAUCAAAUUUUUCUCUAUUUUCCAAUCAUUUCAUUGGCCAUUCGGCUGAUAGUCAACAACAAAAUUCAAUUCUGGAACAACAACACCAAUCAUUAUCAUCAAGUGUGUCGAAUAUAAGCAAUCAUAUCGCCAGUGAUAAUUCAAAUACAAUACAUGCAUUCGAAAUAUCACAAACGAAUCAAAAUCAAUCAAUAGUAUUGAUGGCAAAAACAGUGGAAGAAAAUGAUAGCUGGAUGUCUCAGCUGAUUCUAUUGAAUAUGCGUUCAAUGUUGGAACGAACAUUGGAUGCCAAAUUAUUGGAAGAGGCAAAAAAACAUCCACUGUUAUUACCACAUGCAUCGGUAUAUCGUUUUGCAAUCGAAGAUAUGGAUACAAACAUUAUAUUUGAAGAAAAUAAAUCCAAUCGUAAUGUACCGCUAAUCAAAGGCGCCACAUUAUUGAAAUUAGUCGAAAGACUUACCUAUCAUAAAUAUGGUGAUCCGAAUUUAGUACGAAUUUUUCUCACAACUUAUCGUUCGUUUUGUACACCAAUUGAAUUGUUUAAAUUGUUGAUUGAACGUUUCGAGAUACCUGAACCAGAUUUUCGUUCAUGUAUGCAAGCUAUGUAUUAUGCAAAUGAAGAAUUAUCAUCACCAACAAGUGUAGCACCACCUGCACAAGAAUUAUUAUUGGAUUCAAAUGAAAUGAUGGCAUCAGAUCAGACAAUACAUUCUUCAACCGGAACAUUUGUUGUGAAUAAUAAUAAUACAUCAUCGUCAGGUCCAACUAGUCCAACUUCUCUAAACAAUAAUAAUCAACAACAACAACAACAGCAGCAGCAAUUACCACCAACACCAUCAGAUUUUAGUAAAUUUUUUGAUGAACAAGAUGAACAAUGUCAACAAGAUUAUCGUGAAAUGUUAAAACGAUUCCGGAAAGAAUACGCUCAACCGGUGCAAUUUCGUGUAUUGAAUGUUCUUCGACAUUGGAUCGAUAAACAUUGGUAUGAUUUUGAACGUGAAAGUCAGCUGUUGGAUAUGUUGAAUGAAUUUGUGAAUGAAAAAUUGGCUAAAUCACAUACAAAAGUGGCCAAAUGGUGUCAUCAUAUACGUAGUGUUGUGGAUAGGAAAAAAUCACAAAAUGUUGCCGCACAAUUUGAUGCAUUAUCCAUCAUUAAUGGACCAAUUGGACGGCCAUUGUCGAGCAUUACGAAAAUCAAUGAUGGUCCAGAAGAAUUUGAUCUUUUAGCGUAUUCACCUGGAGCUAUUGCUGCACAUUUGACUUUAUUUGAAUUUGAUCUAUAUCGUGCCGUACAACCAUAUGAAUUUAUUGGUAUGGAUGAUCAAUCAUUGGUAUGGACGAAAAAGGAUAAACAAAAAACAUCGCCUAAUCUGUUGAAAAUGAUUCGUCAUUAUACAAUUAUUUGUUAUUAUUUUGAAAAAUGUAUUGUUGAAGCAGAAAAUUUCGAAGAACGUGUUGCAAUUGUCACUAGAAUCGUUGAAAUAAUGAGCCGUUUAAUGCAAUAUAAUAAUUUUAAUGGUGUAUUCGAAAUUGUUGGCGCUCUGGAUUCGGCACCAAUUCAUCGGCUAGAGCAUACUUUAUCACAGAUUGAACGUAAUAGUAAAUUGAAAAAAGCAUUGGAAGAAGCUAAAGAUCUUAUGGAUAAUCAUUUUAAAAAAUAUAAAGAGAAAUUGUUUUCAAUCGAUCCACCAUGUGUUCCAUUUUUGGGUAAUUUUCUUACCAAUAUUGUACAUUUGGAAGUUGGAAAUCCUGAAUAUCUUUCUCCUCCGAAUUCUGAUUCUGGUUGUCAUCAUCAUCAUAAUAUUUUAAGUCAUCAUCAACAGAUUAAUGAUUCAUCAUUGUCCAAUGCUCAACAACAGACAAACACUAACGCACAAUCAUCAUCAACAUCGACAAUGAAACUUGAAGCUGAUGGCGCUGCAGCCACUUCUAAAUUGAUUAAUUUUCAAAAGAAACGUCGUGUUUAUGAAACAAUUUCGUUGAUACAACAAUAUCAGAAUGAACCAUACAAUUCACAAUCACAGAAAACGACAAAAAAGAUUAAUCUUAGUAAAUUUAAUCCAGAAAUUUCAAAUUUUUUCGAAAAUUUAGAUCAUAUUGUCUAUGAUGAUGAGGAAGAGAAACAAUUCAAUAAUUAUGUUUAUAACAAAUCAUUGGAAAUUGAACCAAGAGGAUGUAAACAGCCACCAAAAUUUCCUCGAAAAUGGCCAGAUCGUAACCUGAAACAAAGUUCGAAAUCAAGAAAUAUUCGAUUACCUGGAAUUUCGAGUAGUAGUCAUCAUAAUCAAUCAUUAUCAUCAUCAUCAAGUUAUAAUCAUAGCCAUCAGAAUAGCCAUAGUAGUAUGAUGAUGAUGAUGGAUAAUUGUGAUUCGAUAUCAUUACAACAACAACAAUCACCAUCAACGCCGUUAACUCCACCGGGUAGUUUAUGUCCGGAUCCAAUUUUUGCACCUGUCAUGAUUGGUGGUGGUGAUCGAUUGAUGAAUAAUGGAACACCACACAUUUCACCAACAACCCCGGGCAUUCAAUCGAUGAGUUUUUUUCCAACAUCAUCUGCUUGGCAACAAAUUCCACAAUCAACUCCUCCUCAAUCUCAAUAUCAUCAUCAACAUAGCGCAUCAUCUCCAUUGAUUUCACCACCUUUAUCUUCAGAUUUUUUAGGCACUUCAAACAAAAGUCCUUUGGUGCCGAAAUCCGAUCCACCACCAUUACCACCAAGAGGUAUUCGAAGCAAUUCGAUUGCUCCCGAUAGCACUAAUGCUAACAGCAGUAGUAGUAGUAAUCUGCCUGGAUCAGCACCUCCUCUUCCACCAAAAACAUAUAAACGUUUGGGUCCAGCAGCAGCAACAUCUUCAAAUUCGUCCGCACAACCAUCGCUGCCUACUACUUCUGAAACGAAUUCUGGAUCAUCGUCAUCGACCGUCUCAACUCUUCCUUCAUCUUCAACGACAGGCACAAAAACUUCUUAUCGAGAUAAAGUACCAUUACCUUUACCACGAAUGCCUUUGCCAUCAUCGAAUCAUUAUCAUCAACGUUUCAAUUCGGAUAUUGUAACUACAGCAUCAUCAUCGUCAUCCACCAGUCCAAAUCAUGCAUCACAAUCAAAUGGUCCAGUCAUAAAUAGACGAAAUUCAACUGUUGAAAACGUUGCCACAUUAUCACCAAGACGAUAUUCACAAGCUCCAUUACCACCACCAUUGCCUCCAACACCAUUAACAUCAUCACCACAGACACCAAUGAUGAAUAUGUCACAAACAUUAUUCAAUCUAUUGCCUGGUAGUAGCAGUGGAAGUCCAAUUGGUGGCAUUCAUCAUCAUCAUAAUCCAUCUUCAACAUUAUCAUCGUCAUCGCCACCAUUACCACCUUUAUCAUCAUCAUUACAUCGUCCACCACCAACACCAACAUCGGCAACAUUGCCCAAUUCAAUUAGUAAUAGCAACAACAACAACAAUAAUAAUAAUAAUAAUAAUAACAACAAUAAUAAUAAUGGUCCAGAAUUACCACCGAAAACAUAUCGAUUAUCAAAUCCAUGUCGAUAAUUUUAUUUUUUUUUUUUUCGAUUCACCCAUUCUUACCCAAACAAAAAAAACUAAAAUGAAAUGAAAUUG